AAAACGACAAAUUGUUUUUCUUCUGAACUUGGACCGCAUCCCACUCACAUUUACCUUCAAUUUUCCACACUUCCAACCUUCACUUAUCUUACUAUCUCACACCACCACUCCAUCUCACCCAGAGGUCUUCUCCCAGCUACAAUACACACGUAACGACCCUUGAACCGGUCGCAUACGUAUAUAUAUAUAUAUAGAUUCACAGUCUAAGUUCCCAAACUCCAGCCUCACGUCAGUUGACGUUCAUUCGCAAUGCCGUCCCCCGCCACAAAGCAGCGGAAGAUCGCCAUCGUAGGUAGUCGCUCCGUUGGCAAAUCUUCACUCGCUGUGCGCUUUGUGGAUGGGCACUUUGUCGAAUCCUACUAUCCCACCAUCGAGAAUACUUUCUCAAAGGAAAUCAGGUGGAAGAACCAGGAUUACUCAACCGAGAUCGUCGACACAGCGGGCCAGGAUGAAUAUUCGAUUUUGAAUAGCAAGCAUUUCAUCGGCAUCCACGGCUACAUGCUGGUCUACUCCGUUUCUUCACUGGCAUCCUUUGAAAUGGUCCAGGUUAUCCGUGAUAAGAUUCUCAACCAUCUGGGUACCGACAACGUACCCAUCUGUAUCGUCGGCAACAAGAGUGAUCUCCGUCCUGAACAGCGCCAGGUCACUCCCGAGGACGGCAAGGCUCUCGCUGAGAAAUACAAAUGCGCCUGGACUGAGGCUAGUGCUCGCUAUAACGAGAACGUCGCCAGAGCAUUUGAGCUUCUCAUCGGCGAGGUUGAGAAGUCAAAUAACCCCACCGCGACCAACGAGAACGGAAAGUGCGUGGUCAUGUAAGACAGUCAACGUGACUCUGUCUUCACCGUCAGUAGGGAGAGAUGACCAUCAAUAUCUCUCAUGAGCAGUGGCGCGCUCAAAUGUCGGAUCUUCUUUCGAGCGAUGGCAAGCUCCAUGACAGAC